AUGGCGUUUCUGCUUAUACUACUCGCUUUAGCAUCCCUCUACCUUUCGCACUCUGUCUACAAAUACAUCAAUUCUCCCCUCAAGAACAUUCCUGGUCCAUUCAUAGCCAAGUUUACUGACUUAUGGCGUCUAUUCGAUACCCUUGGUGGACGUGCCGAACUAACUCAUAUUCACCUCCACGCCAAAUAUGGUCCUGCUGUUAGACUUGGGCCAAACUUGGUCAGUAUCGUUGAUCCAGAGGUUUUACGUACUAUUUAUGAUUCUCGGGGUGUCUUUUUGAAGGCGAGUCAUCCCAAAACACAUGUGGGGCCUUGGCUAACACAGGUCUAGUCCAAUUUCUACAAAGUUGCUGAUAUGAAAGUUGGAAGAAACAUUUUUCCAAACAUUUUCAGCGCAAGAAAUAACGAGAUCCAUUCCCUAAUACGUUCCAGCAUCGCACCCUUCUAUAAGCUCUCUGCCCUUCUCAAAUUCGAACCUCUCAUACACGAGACCAUCCAAAACUUCUACCGACAAUUGGAAAAAGAGUUCAUAGAUACAGCUCAUGCAACCAAGCAAAAGGUCGUGCCUAUUGAUGAAUGGAUUUCCUACAUUGCUUGGGAUAUGACGAGCAAUAUCACUUUCAGUCGUUCCAUGGGACUUCUGAAUUCCAUGUCUGACCACUCAGGAUGGUUGGGAAAUGCCGAAAGGGCAAUGGAUUGGCUUUCGGUUACUGGUCAACUACCAUUCAUCGACUGGCUCAUUGCAAAGAAUCCAAUCAUGCCUAUUGGUCCUUCGCGAAGUCUGGAUAAAGUCGGUGAAUGGGCAUAUAUGGAGUUAAUGGCAAGGCAAAGUUCCGCGGACGUUAAAACAAAGAAGACGAGUGAUAUGCUAGACGAUUUCUUGAGCUUGAAGGAGAAGUACGGUCCUGAAAUGCACGAUGGCAAAAUCGUCAACAUUUUGAUGAUUAAUCUCACUGCCGGCUCGGAUACCACCGCUAUCAUUCUACGAUCUAUCAUCUACUUUGUUCUCAAACACCCCCACGUUUAUGAAAUGCUUCAAGAAGCACUCUACAACUGUAACGACUCCAGUGAAGAAACGGUCAGCUUCGCGGUUGCGAGAAAGAUCCCAUAUCUCGAGGCUGUCAUUCUUGAAGCACGCCGUAUCCAUCCUGGUGUGGGUCUCCUUCUGGAACUUGUUGUGCCUGAGCCGGGGCUUGAGCUGAGCAAUGGCACUUUUCUCCCUGCCGGUACUGUUGUUGGCAUGAACGCAUACGUGACCCACAGAGAUAAGCGAAUCUUUGGACAGGAUGCCGAUACCUUCAACCCCCACCGAUGGUCCCGACAUAUCAGGGAGAAUGAGGAAGAAUAUCAGGCUCGGUUGAAUAAAAUGAAGCAGAACGACUUGUCAUUCGGAGCCGGAAAGCGACUUUGUAUCGGGAAAGAACUUUCGGAAAUUGAAACCUACAAGGUUAUUGCUUCUCUAUUCUUGAAGUAUGAUGUAAGUGCUUCUCAUCAUGUCCAUAAGCUAGCUGGCUUUUGCUAAUUAUUCUUGAUAGAUGGAGCUUGUGAACCCAAAUAAGGAAUGGAAAGUGCAAAACUCGUUCUUCGUAAUACAAUCGGGGAUCGAUAUCAGGAUUCGACCACGUGAGAAGAAACCAAAAUAG